AUGUCCGGAAAGUUUGAGCCCAAGGUUCCUGUUCAGUUGAACCCUCCCAAGGACGACCCCAUUUCCGUUGAGGAGUUGGCCAAGGCGAACGGUGCUGAUGACGGAAAGUGCUAUGUUGCCAUCAAGGGUAUCGUCUACGACGUAACAGGCAACAAGGUGUACCAGCCUGGAGUGUUCGCUGGCAAGGACGCCUCGCGCGCUCUCGCCAAGACUUCGACCAAGGCCGAGGAUAUCAGCCCAGACUGGCAAGAUCUCGACGACAAGGAAAAGUCGACUCUUAACGACUGGAUCACCUUCUUCUCCAAGCGCUACAAUGUAGUAGGCAAGGUCGAGGGGGCUACCAACAUGGAUUACACGUAA